AUGGAGCCCUAUGCAUCGCCGGCGGCGGUGCCGCCGUCUCAUGUCGUGUAUGAUGCACUGAGCAAGGCGCAGAAGGCGGCACCGCAACUGAAGCCGAUCCCCGCCUUUGAGGUGUAUAAGGUAGCGCGGGAAGAGGAGCUGGCCGCCUACCGUAUGCUGUGUCGCGUACUUUUCAUGCAUCACGGCACUCCACUUCCCAAGGCGCAGCAGCGCAUCCUCGAUGACAUGGGCGAGGAGCUGUGUAUUGGGCAAACACGGCAGGGACUGGAGAAAGAAAUGGCAGAGCAGGAUAAAGUGCUGCAAGGCAUUCGUAAAUCUGGUGUGCUGGGGCGCCGCGGCGACUUCACCGAUGGUGUGGAAGAGAUGACUUUGGAAGACUACCUCGCCGAGGCGCCGAAGGACGACGGCAACGGUCUCUACAUGCCCACCUCCAAGGCGCAUCGCGCUGAUAGGGCAGACUCCGGUCCCACACGAGCAACAGUCAUCGCUGCCGCCGCCGGUUUAGGCGCCAAGCGCAAAGGAAACGUGCACGCCGCUGUGUCGAAGCUGGCGAAGGAGAUCGAGACUGCGGGCAAGAGCCUGCUGUAUGCGGGCAGCGCCCAGGAAGAGCAGCAGCUUAUCCAAGUCCUGCAGCAGAAACGCGAGUUGCUGGUGGCACUGAGAGAGGAGCUGACAGAGGCGUAG